AUGGCACCCCUUCCCUUCCACCUCUCCCUCCUCCUCCGCCCACUGUCCCCACCCGUCGCCACGACCCGGCUGAAAGCCAACAUCUUUGCCCUCUUUCUCUUUGCUAUACGCAACCUCUUCCCCCCGUACCAAGCUACCAAGAGCUUACUCGUCAGUCUGAGCGAAAAGCUGGAAGGAACCACAGGAAGGCAACAGAGCUGGGGGGAGGCUGGAGUCAAUAUAGGAGAGGGACUGCUGGCGAUAGUGCUCGUGUGGAAUACGGUAGAAGCCUUUGUUGCUUUGCAAUACCCUUCGACCUAUGUGCCUCCCCAUCCAAAGACUAUGAACAUUACCCCUGCUAGCGUGUCGUCCCCUCUGACACGACCAUACUCGCCCCAAAAGUCUUGCACUCCAACACAACAACCACAAGUAUCCUCUCGCGCCCUCCCAUCUUCUGCGUCGUUCCAAACCCCCUCCUCUACGCCCCUCCGCCAAGCUCCCACGCAGGCGCAUCAGCUAUCCCAGUCUACCUCCCACCCGCUCUCCUCCUCUACCUCGUCGAAUCUGUCUUCGUCUACUGCCAGAAUUCUCAACCUGCCCGUGCCAGAAUCGCCUUCCAAUGGGCUAUUCUACGAGCGCAAGUCGCCUGUCAAGGCUGGGGCUGCUGCGGGUGCUGUUGGAGGGGUAGGCGGAGACUUUGUCCUGGUGGAUAGAGACGAGAAGGAGUGGGUGGAUAAUGUUUGGAAGGGCGUUAGAGGAAAGGGUGGCAAGCUGGCCUUGUAG